AUUUAUUCUGCUCUCAUAGAAAAAUGAAUUUUGGUGUGGGAGAUAAAACUGGGAAGAUAACAUCCAUGGAGAGUUUGAAAUUCCCAUUAUUGCAUGUUCUGGGUAACGUAUAUGGCAUUUAUGAAAGAUAUAUGAUUCAUUUUUAUCAUAAAGUGAAAAUUCUUAGACGAUCGGAAAUUCAGUGCUGGAAUAAGAGAUGAACCGACGAGUACCACAAAUCACUGUCCGACAAUAUUCUGAAUGUCGUUUCCCGGCUUCUUUUCACUCCCACUCAGUUUUGAAAACUACAAAGAGAAAACAAUCUACUAAAUCUCGAGCAGCGAAAACUCGAAACCGUCGAUGCAAGGCAAAUGCCAGAGAAAGGAACAGAAUGCACAGUCUGAACGCUGCUUUGGACAAGCUAAGAGACUACAUACCUGUCCGCAGUAAGUCCCAAAAGCUAUCGAAGAUCGAAACUUUAAGACUUGCCAGAAAUUACAUCAUAGCCUUGUCAGAGACACUGAAUAACGACGACAUGAACACUGUACUUUUUGCCAGGAUACUCUCGAGACAAAUGUCCCAGGCCACCAGCAGUUUGAUAGCGAGUACUUUUGAGGUACCCAGUAGCAGUUUGAGCACCAGAUAUAUGACUUCAAAUCAGCACCUACAGGAUGGAAGUCUCAAGUACAAUCAAACAAGUGCUACUGUUGAAAUCGACAGUUCUAAUGAUGAUUAUAUGCCUUGCAGUUCUUUAAAAAAUCAAUUCGAAAGUUCUCUUUUACCAUCCAUUGAUAGCUUGUUUGAAGCAAAAAUAUCCAACAUUGCUAUUACCUCAGAGAGUUCAAAUAUGACCAUUCCAUCAGAAAUGGAAAAUAUUCAGGAUUCAGAUUGCCUUGGAAUGAUGAAGCCAAUAAAUCAAGAAGAAGUACUGGCACACUUGACGCAGUCUCAAGAAGACCUCUAUCUCCCAGAAAUAAACAAUAUUACUCAAUUCAGCUUCGAUGAUUGAGAUAUAAAAAGUUUGAAAUUAAUUAAAUCAAAACCUGAAAUUUUAUUUAGCACCAUAAGUGAUGACUAACUUAGCGGUACCAUUAUUUAAAUUUGAAAUAUACGCAGCACAUUAGCUUAUUAUAUUUCAUUUAUAUUACUACAAGCAUAACUUACAAAUUUGCACAGACUGACUUGGAGCUCUAUAGUUAGUAAGGGUGUCAAAAAAUUAACGCAAAGAUUUAAAUUUGCAGCUAUUUUCGCAGUAAAUUGUUGGCAACCCUGAAAAAAACAAAACAAUUUGACAGCUGAGAGUUUAGGGUUUGUAAAAAUGGAGCUUCAUACGAUACAACAACUUGUUUUCAUUAUUGAACAAUAUUUCAAAAAUAAUUCUGUCAUUUCCUAGUCGUGUAUUCUCUCGUUUCGGAGAUCAGAAUUGGCCCCCUAGAUCAUGUGAUUUAACACCAUUAGAUUUCUUCUUAUGGAGUUAUAUGAAGUUAAAGGUCUAUGUCAACAAGCCCACAACCACCUGUGCAUUACAAGAGGAAAUUAAAUACUGCAUCAACGAAAUUCAGCCACAAUUAUGCAGAAAGGUCAUGAAAAAUUUCGACAAAAGAGUGCGCAUGUGCCAGCAGAUCCGUGGAUGCCAUUUGCCCGAUGUUUUAUUCCAUAAAUAACCCUAUGAUUCAAUGAAAAAAUUACAAUCUAAAGACUAAAAACUGUGUUUUCUAUUUAAUUCAAACCUUGCGUUAAUUUUGGGACACCCUUAAACUUACAAUUCCACACAAUUUCAUUUAUUGUACUGAACAAUGAAAGUUUCGCAAUUUAACUUGCUGCACUAAACAUAACCUACGCAGUUUGACUUGUACUAAUUAUUAGUAGCAAUACUUGUACUAAUUAUUAGUAGUAUUACUUGCACUAAUUUUUAACAGUAUUACUACUAAUAGUAAUUUACUUCUCUAGAUUCACUUAAUAUACUAAAAGUUGCUCAGUUUGACAUUCUGCAAUACUUAAUUUUGCCCUUUGACUUAUUGCAUUAAAUAUACGAAGUACAAUUUGACUUGUUUAAUUUUUAUCAUUUCUGGUUACAUAUUACUAAUUCUUAGUUUAAGAAUUAUUUUAAAAUAGCUGUAUUUAUUAUAAAAUAAUAACUGCAUUCAUUAUGCAUUUAUGCAUUCGUUGUAAUAAAUCUUGAGACAAACAAACUCGAAAAAGUUUGAGUUUAAGAUGAAAAUUCUACAAAAAAAACGUAUGAUCCUCUUUUUUUUAAUUGAAAAACAAGUCAUGAAAUAUCCUAAAUUUGUUUAUGGUAGCGUCAUGAAAUACGAACGCAUGUUGGUAACUAGAUAAAAAUCGGCAGGAAGGAUGAUUAAAGGAAUAUUUUACUCUCUUAUGAAGAAAACCUUUACAUUUUUAAUAAUGUUUUUUAUUCUGUUCGAAUUUAAGUGAGAGUGACUUAAUACUUUCUUCAUGUCCCUGCCUUUUUUAAACUCUUUAAUUUCAUUUAUGCAUAUAAAAUAAACUAAGAAAGGUGUGUAAUUGAAAAUUGCACACUCAGAAACAAAAAAGAUGACUUUAUAAAGUUUACGAAAAUUUAUUAGAAAAAACGCACACAUUGAAAAAUUAUUUAUUUUGAUUUGGUUGUAAAUGUUAAUUAUUUUUUGAAAUUUUUUCGAUUAAAAAGAAAUUAUUUCAGUAAUAAUUUGUUAGAAUUUUUACUAAACGCAUUGCAUACAGAUUGUUCCUUAAUGGUCGCUCCAAAUAUAUAACUUUACAAUUUUAGUCAAAAAUAAAGUAAUUAUUAAAGAUCGCAAAUUAAGCGUCAAUAACACAAAAACAUAAACGACAUCUCACUCCCAUUCAGGAAAGCGGGACUGAAAACAUCAUUUUUAACUGCUGAAGGAAACAGAAAGUGAUUAAGAUGAAUAAUGCAAAACGCUUCAUCAGGCAAUAAAACAUGGUUUAAUGUUUCUCAUACUUCCUUCAUCAAUAGUAGUUCUACAAUAUGAGAUAACAGUUUUUUUUUCUCACCUGCUUUAAUAAUUACUUGCUACUCUAAAUGUUUAAAUCUUAUUUUAAUUUCAUUUUUGACAAGGAUUCUAAAAAUAUAUAUUGGGGACGAUCAUUACAGAACUUUGUCUGGAAAAAAAUAUCAGACUAUUUAAAAAAAGAAAAAGGAAAAAGAAAGGAUGAUAUCUUGUACUUAUGACUCUUU